CUGAAAGGGCUUGGCCAAGUUCCAUGGAGCUUCACUUCUGUCAUCUUCAAUGGAGGAUUUGUUCAAUUUGAAGUUCAAAUGAAUGAAGGAAUUAUCGUUUGUGUAAUCCUCUCUUUAGUACUUCUUUUGUUUUGAUUGUGACGGUAAAUAUUGAUUGAACUCAUUUCCUACGAAUUUAACUCAAUGGAUAUAGAAAUCUAAAUUAGUUGGGGUUAUAAACCAUGUAGACAAAAUUUACCAAAUCCAAAUCUCAAAACUUAGGAGCUCUUCUGAACAUUGAUUAAUUACAUAAGCUCAUGCGUAUGAUGUUUGAAACUUACAUAUUAUAUAGUAAUAUUGCAAGUGCUUUUUGGACUACUUAUUUUAGUGUUUACAAUUUAAAAAUCAUCCGAAAACACAUUUCAAACCAACUCAAUUAAAUAAUUCAUUCAUACUUUACUAUUCAAUUAAGAAUACUAAAUGGAGCGAAAAAUUCAAUGAAACAUUGUAAUUUUUAAAACCAUUUGUGGAUGGAUUUUUCGUACUUUUGAUUCUUGAACCCCAAGAAACAUCACUACAAAAGUGAUUUUCCCUCAAUUCUUGAGCUUCAGAAUCCCCCAUUGACGAAGAAGAUGGAAGAAUUGAAACUCCAUGGAACUUGGCCAAGCCCUUUCAGUUACAGAGUCAUUUGGGCUUUGGCACUCAAAGGCAUUCCCUACCAAUACAUUGAAGAAGAUCUCUCCAACAAAUCUCCUCUGCUUUUGCAAUACAAUCCCGUUCACAAGAAGAUUCCGGUCCUCGUCCAUGCCGGAAAACCCAUCUCCGAAUCCAUGAUCAUUCUCGAAUACAUCGAACAAACAUGGCCGCAAAAUCCCUUGCUGCCUUCCGAUCCUUACGAGAGAGCCACCGCUCGAUUCUGGAUCAAAUUCAUUGACGAUAAGGGCACGGUGGUUUUUAAGAUAUUUCGUGCGAAGAAUGAGGAAGAACGGGAGGAUGCGAAGAAACAGAGCUUGGAGAUGCUGAGAACCGUCGAAGAAUGGGGAUUCAGCGGCGGAGAGAGGAAAUUCUUCGGCGGAGAUGAUAUCGGAAUGGCGGAUUUGGCGUUCGGCGCUAUUGCGUAUUGGUUGGGAAUGAUUGAGCAAGUGACGGGAGUGAAAUUGUUGGACGUCGACGAGUUCCCUCAGGUGUGUGGUUGGAUUGGAAGAUUCAAGGAAGCGCCGGUGAUCAGAGAUAAUCUGCCGGACUGGAACCCCAUGAUGGAGAAUUUCCGUCGCCGGCGGGAGCAACUGUUGGAAUCUGCGAAAACAUAAAAGUAGUUUUUCUUUUCUUCACAUAAGAAUUGAUUAAUACUAAACUUUGGAGUUCAUAAUUCCAUAUAUACUUCUAAAGUUUUCUUGAAUAAAAUAGCCCCAAAGGAAGAAUCGAAGACACACAAGACCCCAAAUCACUACAAGUCUUAUGACUAGAUUGUUAUAAAAGUAGUUUGUAUGCAAGAACAAAUUGUGAACUUGUUUCUAAAGUUCAUAGUUAGUAAAAAAAUGAAAAAAAUCAAUAAUUAAAUAUAAGUUUAUACUAUAUUUGUGAUUAUAUAAUACAUCGUGUAUAAGUACGAGAAUAGCUUAUAUUUACUUUGGUUUUGUGGCCACCACAUUAA